CACCGAACCAACAUCCCAUCAGCUCGACAACACAGGUCACCAGGCCUUCAAUUCCCACGAACCUCGCACACACAACCCAAAUCAACGCCCAACCUCCCAUAACCACCACUCAGACCGAUCCCAUCCUCCCACAAUGUCCGCCAGCAAACGCCUCUUCAAAGAAUACAAAGCCCUCUGUUCCGACCCACCCGAAGGCAUCACCGCCGGCCCCGUCUCCGAAGACGACAUGUACCUCUGGGAAGCCCUGAUCCAGGGCCCGGACGGCACGCCCUUCGAAGGCGGCGUGUUCCCCGCCGAGCUCAAGUUCCCUCGGGAUUAUCCGCUGGCGCCGCCGAGUAUGCGGUUUUUGGUCGAUGUUUGGCAUCCUAAUGUUUAUCCCGACGGCCGCGUUUGCAUCUCGAUCCUGCAUGCGCCGGGAGAUGACCCGAAUAUGUACGAGCAUGCGUCGGAGCGGUGGUCGCCGAUCCAGAGCGUGGAGAAGAUAUUGAUUAGUGUGAUGAGUAUGUUGGCGGAGCCGAAUGAUGAGAGUCCUGCGAAUGUGGAUGCGGCGCGCAUGUGGAGGGAGAGGAGGGGCGAGUAUGAGAAGAUUGUCAGGGAUAAUGUUAGGAAGAGUUUGGGGCUGGAAUGAAGGAGAUGGGAUGGAAGGGCUGAGAUGAUCUUUGUUACGUGGUACAUCGGCAUAGGCGCAUGGAGUUUUGGAGGUAUGGGUGCAUGGCAUAAGCGGAGUUUGGGAAGGCAACGCUGAUGGGUUUCGGCGAGGGAUAUGCUUUCAAGAAUCAUUUUCCUGAUCUUCGAAGACCGUUUUUCAUAUCGAGGAUUUCAGACACAAACAUCUCCUUUGAUUAACCCACUAAUGCUGCUCAAGAACAGUGCAGAGGAAAUGCAAACCCGGACUCGUAAC